AUGCGGCUGAGCCGUGUUUUGGCGGAGCGCAAGAAGCGCAGCGGUGCGGCUGGGGCUGGGGCCGGGGCUGAGACAGAGACAACCACACCCUCAUCCUUCUUUCUCGCGAUGGCGCCCGAGAUCCGCAUCCAGGUGUACGAACUUCUAGAGCAGAUGGCCGACCACGACGGCGACCAAGACCGCGACCGAGCCCAACACUACAACGGAUUCAGCAAGACGCGCAAAUCUCUCCUGUUGACCUGCCGCCAGAUCAACCAAGAAUUCACGCCCUAUUUCUACCGCUCGACCACCUUCUGUCUGCGGUUCAUGAACCACAGCCCCCGCGACUUCUAUGCCCUGUUGAGCAGCAUGGACGCCGUGAAAGUGCAGAACCUGCGCCACGUGGAAUACCGCAACCGACAGUACAUCCCCAGCGACUUUGCCGUGCUGGAAGACAUGGCCGCGCGACUGGCCCGGGCGGGCGUCCACCUGGCCACGUUCAACGUCGUGCACGGCGACUAUCUGAGCACAUCUAUCCUGCGCGCACCACUGGCUCUGGCCGUCCUGCUCAUCGACCGCAAUCGCAAUCGCAAUCGAAACGGAACCGGAACGCAAAAUCGAAACAGAACCCGUGAUCGCACUCGCGCCGUCCCAUCCCCCAACAUGAACUGGACCACCUUCGAUCGUGCCGACUGGCCCGCCGUCGUGCGCCACUCGUACGGAACCCAGUUCACCCUCUUCGAACACGCCGUGCUGGCUCGCCUGAUGCCCGACGCCGUCGUCCGCCGCGAGCGGGGCCCCAGUGCCUGUGGCUUCCGCGUGCUGUUCCGCCGUCCCGCCGCUCUCGUCGACUUCCUGGCCAACAACCCGCCUGUCGCGCCCGCCGUGCAAUACGUCGAUGAAGGCCCCACCCUCGCCGGCGUCCUGUGGCCCUUGGUGCCGCCGAGACGGGGCCCCGAUGGGAAACCAAUUCCCCGUCGCCGCAUUCGCCUCGAUUGA